GUGGUGGCACUCUGGUGCUGCGGCUUUAACGUCGACGGAGAACUGAUCCGGAAUCAGCCUCCUCGGCACCGGAUGUCUCGGGGAAGCGAUUUCUACAGGAAAUAUACCGUCCGACGCAGCGAGCAUUUGUGAAGGGCUGCCAUUUUAGCAAGCUUACGCACAAAUGCAUCAUGAGGCGCAAAGUGGUCCAGCUCACCUCCAGGUCGCACCAUGAAAACAUCCUGGCUUCUCUGCAUCAGCUGAGGCUGCAGGGACAGUUGUGUGAUGUCACCGUGCACGUUGACUUCCAGGGGGACAAGCAGGAGUUUCGGGCCCAUCAGGUGGUGCUCGCAGCAUCCAGUGGCUACUUCAAGAACACCCUUCUCAUCCAGGAUGUAGCCCGAGACACAGUCUCCCUCUCAAAUGUGCAUUCUGACGAUUUCUCCAAGUUUCUGGAGUUUGUGUACACGGGUAAAGUGGAAGUUGCCAGCAAAAAGAUCGCUGACGUGCAAGCAGCGGCAGAGUUGUUGGACUGUAGGGAUCUGUCAGAGGUUUGUGAUGAGGCCAUGCGUGCUGAGACUUUAGAACCCCCUAAAAAGAAAACGCCUGCAUCAAAUGUUGCGGAUCAUUAUUACUUACAGUGUGACGAUAAAGAAAAAGGGCCCAAAGGGAAGAAGCAGCUGGGCAGGCUAGUUCUGAAGCGGCAGCUCUCACCACAGAGCUCUGAGAAUGAAGUCACCGCAAAAACAUCUCAGGUGAAGAAAACAGUGACGAAUGAAAAAAGCGAAGGGGGACAGGUGCAGCCGAGGAAAUCCAGCCGCAGAAUCCUUCAGAGGCGUCUAAACGCGACAAGAGAGGCUUCGAACAGUGAAAACCAAGUUACCAAUGAAGACGCAGAGGGGUUUGAGGACAGGACUGAAGUCGAGGCUCAGCCAGAGAACGGAGCAGAGAGAAGGGAUGAGUCUUCAUGCAGAGUGCCGGGCUCUGAUGUGGACAACGGUGAAAACGAGGACGAUGUGCAAAGUAAUCCCGAAGACCCCAUGUUAUCUGUGGAUGAAGAGGAAGAGGAGGAGGAGGAGGAGGAGGGGGAAGAGGGAGAGUCCAAGGUGACGUCCAAACGAACGUCCAAAGCCCAGUUCCAGUGUGAAAAGUGCCAGCGGACCUUCCACUACGAGAGGAGCUACUUGAAGCACAUCAGCACGUACCAUGGAGUGAAAGCAGACGUCGUCUACCGCUGUGAGACCUGCCAGCAGACCUUCGCCAACCGCAGCAACUUGAAGAUCCACGAGAAGCACGUCCACAGCAGCGAGAGACUCUUUUCCUGCGCCUCCUGCUCGAAGACCUUCAAACGAAAGAAGGAUGUCGUCCGCCAUCAAAGACAGGUGCACGAACGUAACAAUAUGCGUCACGUCUGCCCUGAUUGUGGAAAGUCACUCAGCUCCAAAACGGCUCUGUUGCUGCAUGAGCGGAUACACACUGGCGCAAAGCCUUUUGAGUGCACUGAAUGCAGCGCCAGAUUUACCCAGAAUGCUGCUCUCAAGAUGCACCGCAGGAUUCACACAGGAGAGAAGCCUUUUGCAUGUGAUGAGUGCGAAGCCAGGUUCACUCAGAAGCACAUGUUGGCUUAUCAUAAGAGAUCACACACAGGAGAGAAGCCUUUCAUGUGUGAGGCGUGUGGGAAAAGCUUUGCAUCUAAAGAAUACCUCCGGCACCACUCAAACAUCCACACUGGCUUCAAGCCGUACAAGUGUGAACAGUGUGGCCGAGGCUUCGCUCAGAGGAAUUCUCUCCACCAGCAUUUAAAGAUACACACAGGCGAGCGUCCGUACAGUUGUAAAGAAUGUGACAAGCACUUUACCCAGAUCAACGCCCUGCAGAGGCACCAGCGUAUCCACACGGGGGAGAAACCCUACAUGUGUGCCCUUUGUAACCGCACCUUCACGGACAAGUCCACCCUCCGCAGGCACGCUAUGACUCACGACGCCGAUGCUCCCUGGAAGACCUACCUGGUGGUUCUGGAGGGAAAUGUGGAGGACAAGAAACCCAAAUCCACCCCCAAGGGAAAGACAAAAAAAGCAGGAGCAGGGGAGAAAACGAGCCCAUCAAGAAAAAGUGGCGGUGGUGCUGCAACUGGUGACACUGUUUCCACUGGUGCUGAAGGUGACGCUGUUGCUGCCGCUGAUGCCACUUGUGCUGUUGAUGCUGCUGCCGGUAAAACCACCACAGAUUCCAUUGUGGUUCCCGCCGAGCCAAUCACUCUUCCACCUGAUUGGACCAGCCAUGGAACCAUUGCUCUGGUCAGUCACGGCGGGAUCACCGUCAUCCACACCGAGGUGCCACCUGGGACGCAUAUCCAGCCCAUCAUGACCACUGACGGCACAAGCACCAACCUCAUUUCCUUAGAUGGUUCCGCCAUCCCCUUCGCUAUACCUGUCUCUAUGGCUCAUCCCAUCCCCUUGUCCUCCUCCACCACCUCUUUGUCCGUACCCUCAGUUCUCUCCCUUCCCGUCUCUGACGCCACAUUGGCAUCGGUCUCCGAGAUCCCAGCUGUUUCAACGUCAUCCGUCCUGGAAGCUGCUGUGUCACAGACGAUUCUGUCUCCAGUUUCCGAGACCAAGAUCAACCAAUCAGAACCUGAUAUUCAGACUGUGAUUGUCAGUGACAUGGUUUGCGGAAGCGAACAAACGGCAGCCGUCGAUGGACAGGAAAAGGAAAAGACAGCAGAGAACUCUUUGGAUGAAAUUAAAAAGACCCCCGAUCAAGACGCUGUGUAGAAAGUGGAUGUAAAUAUAAAGCUCUUUAUCCGGGGCCACGUUUCAACCCCUCAGUAAUGCAAUUUUUUGUAUAUACUUUGGAAUUAGCAACGUCUGAAUACGUAUUCUGACUUUGUCACAUCUGUGAUCUUCAGUGUUUAUCACGACAUGUUGCGAUGUUAAGGUAUUCAGUGGGAAAUGCUACAUGCUUAAGAGAUGUAACUAAGGUAUUUCAAGUAUUGGGUAUUAUUAGCAAAUGGUUUGUUAAUGUACCGCGUGAAAUGUUGCAUAAAUGAAGUUGAAUACAAA